CCCUCGCGUUAGCCUUGCUGUGUUGUGAUCACGUGGCUGACUUCGGGCGCGGCGCUUGUUUUGGUUUUUCUUUAGCUUGCUCCUGGAAGCUUUAGAGUGAACGACUUUCUUGCACCGGUUGCCGUACCUGCCUCAUCCAGACCUCUUCUUCGGGCUCUAUCGGCCCGCAGUUCGGCAAGCCCCUCGGGGCGGGUUCCUGCCAUGCCGUUGGUCCGCUACAGGAAGGUGGUCAUCCUGGGAUACCGCUCUGUAGGGAAGACAUCUUUGGCACAUCAAUUUGUGAAAGGCGAAUUCUUGGAAAGCUACGAUCCUACAGUGGAGAACACUUACAGCAAGAUAGUGACUCUUGGCAAAGAUGAGUUUCACCUACACCUGGUGGACACAGCAGGGCAGGAUGAGUACAGCAUUCUGCCCUAUUCAUUCAUCAUUGGGGUCCAUGGUUAUGUCCUUGUGUAUUCUGUCACCUCUUUACAUAGCUUCCAAGUCAUUGAAAGUCUGUACCAAAAGCUACAUGAAGGGCAUGGGAAAACCCGGCUGCCAGUGGUGCUAGUGGGGAACAAGGCAGAUCUCUCUCCAAACAGAGAGGUGCAGGCAGUUGAAGGGAAGAAAUUAGCAGAGUCCUGGGGUGCGACAUUUAUGGAGUCAUCUGCUCGAGAGACUCAGCUGACUCAAGGCAUCUUCACAAAAGUCAUCCAGGAGAUUGCUCGUGUGGAGAAUUCCUAUGGGCAAGAACAAAGAUGUUGUCUCAUGUGAGCCCUCGGGUAUGGGGUAACUCCCUUGUUUCUGCCUCUAGCACUUGCUGGGUUCCAUUGGGGGGCAGACCCUCUGGAAUUCAUGGGUAGCUGCCAUCUAUUCCUAGCUCUCUGGGCACACAGUGUGGUACCUCAUGUUUGCACACUUUCCACGGGCUACAGUGGCCUGGGUGUCAAUGUUUACAAAGGGGCAAGGAUGUUUCAUGUGCACUGACCUCUGUAGCCCCAUUUUUUUCUAAAUGAAUUCUGUUAGAACCUGUGGGGUAGGUAUAUGAGUCCUGGGCAUUGUUUAUCCAGGACCCAUCCUCCUGUAUAGGUUUUGGUAUUGCUUGGGCAAGAAGAGCUGGGGACUCCUGAAGAAGAGUUGGCUCCCUGCUGUGACAAUGUAUAUAUGCAAAUAAACUGAGAA